CCUUCUUAUCCAACUUUUUCACUCUCUCUCUCUCUCUCUCUUCUAUUGCUUCUUAUCCAAUAUUUCUCUCACCUCUUUCCAUUUUCAUGUUUUCUAAUUUUUUAUCUGACCCAUAUCUCAAAAUAUUUUCUUUUUGUCACCUCACACUCUUUUUUCUUUGAAAUUUUGGAACUUUUGUGAUAUGAACGGUGCCAGUUGCAAACUUGGACUUUUCUGCUAUGUGGGUGUGUAAUGUACUGUUUCAAAGCAUUGUUUUUUAAUAACAAGUUUUUAUUUUUGUUGUGUUGAUUUGGUGAAACUUUGAGGGAGUGAUAAAAAUGGUGUCAAGAUCUUAUUCAAAUCUACUUGAGCUGGCUUCUGGUGAAUCUCCAUCUUUUGAACACAUGAACAGAAGAAUUCCUAGGAUUAUGACUGUUGCUGGAUUGAUAUCUGAUGUUGAUGAUGAUGACCCUUUGGAGAGUAUUUGUUCUGACCCUUCUUCUUCAUCUGUCCAAAGAGAAAGGAUCAUAAUAGUUGCAAAUCAGCUUCCUAUAAAGGCUCAUAGGAAACAAGAUGGUAACAAGAAUUGGUUUUUCAGUUGGGAUGAGAAUUCACUUUUACUUCAACUGAAAGAUGGGUUAGGUGAUGAUGAUGUUGAGGUUAUUUAUGUUGGUUGUCUCAAAGAAGAUGUUCAUCCAAAUGAACAAGAUGAGGUUUCACAGAUACUUCUUGAGACUUUCAAAUGUGUACCAACUUUUCUACCACCUGAACUUUUUACAAGGUAUUAUCAUGGUUUUUGUAAGCAACAGUUAUGGCCACUGUUCCAUUACAUGUUGCCUUUGUCACCAGAUUUAGGUGGAAGGUUCAAUAGGUCACUUUGGCAGGCUUAUGUAUCAGUCAAUAAGAUCUUUGCUGACAGGAUUAUGGAAGUGAUUAACCCUGAAGAUGAUUAUGUUUGGAUACAUGAUUAUCAUCUCAUGGUGUUACCAACUUUCUUGAGAAAAAGGUUUAAUAGAGUGAAACUUGGUUUCUUUCUCCAUAGUCCUUUCCCUUCAUCAGAAAUUUACAAGACACUGCCUAUUAGAGAAGAGCUUUUAAGAGCCCUUUUGAAUUCUGAUUUGAUUGGUUUCCACACUUUUGAUUAUGCAAGACAUUUUCUUUCUUGUUGUAGUAGGAUGCUUGGUCUUACCUAUGAAUCCAAAAGGGGUUAUAUUGGAAUUGAAUAUUAUGGUAGGACAGUUAGUAUCAAAAUUCUACCUGUUGGCAUACACAUGGGUCAGCUUCAAUCAGUUCUAAGUUUAUCAAAGACUGAAGAGAAAGUUUCUGAGCUCAUUACACAGUUUGUUGAUAAAGGAAAGAUAAUGUUACUUGGUGUGGAUGACAUGGAUAUCUUUAAAGGGAUAAGUUUGAAGCUAUUGGCCAUGGAGCAGCUUCUUAUUCAGCACCCUGAGUGGCAUGGAAAAGUUGUAUUGGUUCAGAUAGCAAAUCCUGCUAGAGGAAGAGGGAAAGAUGUGAAGGAAGUGCAAGCCGAGACGAAGGCGACAGCUAAGCGGAUUAACGAAUCAUUUGGAAAGCCGGGUUAUGAUCCUGUUGUUUUGAUUGAGGAGCCAUUAAGGUUUUACGAGAAAGUUGCUUAUUAUGUUGUUGCUGAGUGUUGUUUAGUGACUGCAGUUAGAGAUGGAAUGAAUCUCAUACCUUAUGAAUAUAUAAUAAGUCGUCAAGGGACCGAAAAAUUGGACAAAGUUUUGGGAAUAAGUUCAUCCUCUAAGAAAAGCAUGUUGGUUGUGUCUGAGUUUAUUGGUUGUUCACCAUCUUUAAGUGGAGCUAUUAGAGUGAAUCCAUGGAACAUUGAUGCAGUAGCAGAUGCAAUGGAUUUGGCUUUGGAAAUGGCUGAUUCAGAGAAACAGCUUAGACAUGAGAAGCAUUACAGAUAUGUUAGUACUCAUGAUGUGGGUUACUGGGCUCGUAGCUUCUUGCAAGAUUUGGAAAGGACUUGUAGUGAUCAUGUAAGGAGAAGGUGGUGGGGAAUUGGUUUUGGAUUGAGUUUUAGAGUUGUAGCACUUGAUCCAAACUUCAGAAAGCUCUCAAUGGAGCACAUAGUUUCGGCUUACAAGCGGACAAAAACUAGGGCGAUACUACUAGAUUAUGAUGGUACACUAAUGCCUCAGGCUUCCAUUGAUAAAAGUCCAACCAGUAAUUUCAUUAAAAUGCUUAAUAGUUUGUGUAGAGAUGAGAAGAACAUGGUGUUUCUAGUCAGUGCGAAAAGCCGAAAGACGCUUUCUGAAUGGUUUUCUCCUUGUGAAAAUCUUGGAAUUGCCGCCGAACAUGGUUACUUUUUAAGACUGAAGCGCGACGCAGAAUGGGAAACAUGUGUACCUGUAACGGACUCCAGUUGGAAACAAAUUGCAGAGCCUGUGAUGAAACUUUAUACUGAAACAACUGAUGGAUCCACAAUUGAAGAUAAGGAGACGGCGCUUGUUUGGUGCUAUGAGGAUGCUGAUCCAGAUUUUGGGUCAUGCCAAGCUAAAGAACUUCUUAAUCAUCUUGAAAGUGUGCUUACAAAUGAACCAGUAACAGUGAAGAGUGGCCUGAAUAAUGUGGAGGUUAAACCACAGGGUGUGAACAAGGGGCUUGUGGCUAAACGCCUACUUUCAACCAUGCAAGGAAAGGGAAUGUCACCUGAUUUUGUUUUGUGUAUAGGCGAUGACCGAUCUGAUGAAGACAUGUUUGAGGUAAUCACCAGUUCAAUGGCUGGUCCUUCAAUGGCACCCAGGGCUGAAGUAUUUGCAUGCACUGUUGGUCGAAAGCCAAGUAAGGCCAAGUACUAUCUCGAUGAUACUACCGAUAUAGUGAGAAUGGUGCAGGGUUUAGCCUAUGUUUCAGACCAAUUAGUUUUAUUUUAGGCAUGUGAAAGAUAAUGGUGAAAAUGUGAAAUGAUGUUACUUUCUGUCUUAAAUGUAGGCUCAGUUGUUCUCUCCAUACAUGAUCCUUUUUCCUUGGAUAUUCCCUGUAAAUUAUUAUAGUUGUUAUUGGGUUCUAUAUUGGCUCAACUUUGUGAAUUUGUCUCUGGAAAAUUUGUAAAUAUAUUUCUCAUUGUGAACCCUGCUUUGCCUACCUUAAUCCACAUGACACUGGUUGGGAAUUGAACUGACCGUGUCCAUUAUUCCUUAGGCGCAAAA